AUGAUUCGUGUCCAACGCCUCUGGGGACAGAGGAAUUCUUUAAGCUGCUCCACAACGGCGCUUCGCCUGCCUGCUUCACGUCGUGUUUUGCCCCUUAGCAACACUUGUGGUUCCUGUCCAGGCGCAUUUCUUAUCGCAGUGCGGUGUGUGCAGUAUGAGCAGACUUCUGCGACGCUGCGUGGAAUUAAUAAAAAGAACCGUGCCAUGGCGGCUCCAUGGAUUACAAAGAGCACAAAGGAUUACAUAAGCGAGAAUGACGCGCAGGCAACGGCUGUUAAUCCAACGAAGGAGAGGCUUUUGCGAAACUCAAAGGAACGCAAGGACCGAUUUGCGCGUAUUGCAGAGGAGACGGAUCGAGUCUUUGACUCCGAGAUGGACCGGAUGCGGGACUACAAUGUGCGGCGCUGGCGAAAGGGUAUUGCUUUUUUUAAGCGACAGGGGCUGGGCUUCACACUGCUCUACAUUUCCGCCUAUCUGGGCUGUCUCGUUGCACUAUAUAUAGGGUUCGCAACAGGGAUUCUCAGGAAGGAAACAGCGUAUGAAUACAUGUUCUUUUUCCUGGGCGGCUACGUGGAAAAGGAGUGGUUUUACACGCGUGUGGAGGCGUGGGGCAAAUACGUGGACUUUGGUUUUGCUUUUGUGAUCAAUGAAAUGCUGGAGUUUUUUCGUUUCCCGUUUAUAAUGUACACCUUUUACACAUUCCGGCCGUAUCUGACGCGGGUGAAUAGGCGUGUGAAGGCGUCUAUCUUCCGAUGGAACGCAGCAGAAUCUUGA